AUGAUCGGCUUCACAUGCUACGGCAAUGUGGUUUUGCGCAAAGAAAGUGCCGACAAGCCCUACCCAUCCUGGUUAUUUGGCUGGUUGCUUGGGAUGGUUUGCUAUACUUAUCCGGGUGCAGUUUUCUCAGACCUCUUGUUUGUGCCAAACGCUCCUUUGCGAGCGCUCACCAACAACAAUAUUCUGCUUUGGUUCAGCAUCUGGUACCUGCUUAUCCAAAAUUCGAUGUGGGUGUACAAGUCCCUGCAGCAGAAGCAUGUCUUCAUUUGGCUUACGACCUGGUGGCUUGCAGAUGCAACUCGAGCUUCCUUACUCUUUCUGGAGCGAGCCGUUGCCCAUCAGCCUGUGUUUGCGCGAGGUGUUUGGCAGGCCGGCUGCUGCAACUUUCAGAAACAUGUUGCGAUAGAGCUGGUGCAACUGUCCGGCUACAUACCCGGGUCACGUGCUGCACAACUUGUCCGUGCACGUCCGUUUAGUACCGUAUAG